AGCAUGUCUCAACUGGAGAGAAGGAAGGAGACUCACAGAAUGGGAGUGAUAGAGGAGAAGUGUACCGAGACAGGGAACGGCACACAGGUACAGAGAAGAGAUUCUGCUGAGAGAAACAGGCACUCACUAAGUGACAGAAUAGCAAACAUGCCAUAAAGAAAAGGCACUGAGCCAGCCAAAGGAAGUCCUGACCACUUAUGGCCAUUAAUAAGUUCUGACCACUUAUGGCCAUCAGGGAAUCCCACCAAGCUGCUGCCCAGCUGUUAGUCAUGCCCCCUCAGCUUAUUUCUAACAGUUGCUUACUUCACUGAGAGAAGAACCUUUGGGACACUGAGCGCCUGAGUACCCUGAAACAUCCAGCUUUUACAUCUCAGUGGGGCUAUAUCAGCCAUGAACUACUGCGUAAACAGUUUUGGGAAUGACACACUCCUGAGCUCCCAAGCUUCCCGCAUCUCAGGUACCAUCUUCUUAGCUCUGGCAGCCUCAUUGGGUCUCCCCGGCAAUGCGUUUAUCAUCUGGAGCAUACUUUGGAAGAUGAAAGGUCGUGAAAAAUCUGUGACUUGCAUCCUUAUCCUUAACCUGGCAGUGGCUGAUGGAACAGUCCUUCUCCUUAGUCCUUUCUUCAUAACCUUUUUGGUCCUAAAAACCUGGAUUUUUGGUCGUGCUGUUUGCAAAUUGGCUUAUUACCUAUGCUGCCUCAACAUGUAUGCGAGCAUAUUCAUUAUUGCAUUAAUGAGCUUAGACAGGUUCCUCGCUGUCUUUCGGCCUUAUAUGGCUCAGUCUCUUCGAAAAAAGGAUAUGGUGACAAAAAUACUAAUAGCUAUUUGGCUCCUAGCUGGGGCAUUAGCCCUUCCAGCAUUUGCCUACAGAGAAGUGAUAGAGAGCCAAAAGUUAAAUGCCAAGAUCUGCGAACCUUGCCAUGCAAGCCGUGGAGAAUCCAUAUUCCACUACACUUUUGAGACACUGGUAGCUUUUCUGCUUCCCUUUCCCAUGGUAUUGUUUAGUUACAUAUUGGUACUGGUCAAACUGAAAGCAAGCCGCUUUGGGCAGCGUUCACGGAUUGAAAAGCUGAUUGCUGCCAUUCUAGUGACAUUUGCCAUUCUUUGGCUCCCAUACCAUGUGGUUAAUGCCAUACAAGUGACUUCAAAUCUUACUACUGGGAAGGUAUCUGAGAAUUUGAAAAAAGCUGCAAAAAUAAGCAGAGCAGGGGCAACGGCCUUGGCCUUCUUCAGUGCCUGUGUAAACCCUCUGCUUUAUGCCUUUGCAGCCUCAGAUCUUUUUAGGAUAUUUGGGGUAGGCUUUGUGGCCAAACUACUGGAGGGGACAGUGGCAGAGAUACAGAAAAGGGUAAAGUCUCAGCGAGACCUUGUAAAAGGACUUGUCCGAGUUGGCAGUCGUGGAGAAUCAGUGGACCUGGAAGUAAGAAAUGGUUUAAAAGACACACCCUUGAAUGGCAAUCAGAUACCAGAGUAAUGGACAUCCAUUAAACUAGGCACCAAUGGCUGGAGAUGCCGUUUGAAUUGUACAAUGAGAUUUGUUUUCAUAUUUCAUGACUGAAGUCAACCACAAAGAUCUAAAGAGCAGUCUCUGCAAUGGAACCUGCAGUAUCAAAACAAUAAUGUUGUGUUGCAGCAUUUUUCUGAUGUUAUACAAAUUUCAGUGGUCUAUGAUGACCCUUUUUCAAAGGCAAAGAAGCAAAAUAGGUCUAAGGGGAUUAAUGGAGUAACCUGGAUAUGUUUAAUCUAGGUCAGUGUCCUGUACUAAAGUUACAGCUACAGUUACUACAUAGCCCCUAUUAAGAGUAUUUACUCCUGGGUCAUUCGUACAAAUUUCCGAUCAGUGAGUAAGUAUGAUCUAAUAGGGAAUACAGGGCUGCAUUCCUCCCUGUGUUCCCUACCAUAAAACAUAGGUAGGAACACUCAUAAGAGCCCUUAAAUUUAAGUUCCACAGGAAGAGUGUGUUACUUCCCAUCAUUCUGGGAGUCAUGUGACUUUAACAUUUUUGGCACAGGCCAUGUGCAAUCGACUGUUGAAUGUAAUAAUGCAGAAUUCUAAGGUUUUACUAACCAUGUUUAAUUUCAAAAGUUAAUAAAAAACUAUAUUUUGAUUGAA